AUGGUAGACCAACCAACGAAAUCCCUCUUGGAGUACGGUAUUCUUGAUACGACUACCGGAGUCCUUUCAAGCAUCAUAAGACCACCAAUCACGGCUCAGCACUUCGAGCUCAAGCCACAGCUCAUACAGUUCAUCUCCAAUGAUUUAUUCGCAGGGCUACCACAUGAUUGCCCCGUAAGUCAUAUAGAUAGCUUUUUAGAGAAAUGUGAUACUAUGAAGUUGAAUGGUGUUACAGAUGAUGCAAUCAGACUACGCCUUUUCCCCUUCUCACUUCGAGACAGGGCAAAGGAGUGGUUAAGAGAUGAAGGCACUAGCUCGUUCGAUACAUGGGACAAGUUAGUGAAGGCCUUCCUAGUGAAGUUUUUAGGGAAUGAGAAGACUACAAGAUUGAGGAAUGACCUACAAACUUUUAAGCAGUCAGAUGAUGAGUCUCUCUAUGAGGCUUGGAGGAGAUUUAAAAGAUUGCAGAGACAAUGCCCUCACCAUGGCAUUCCAGAUUGGAUUUUGAUGCAGACCUUUUACAAUGGCAUGACUCAUGAGUUCCGUAUUUACAUAGAUGCUGCGUUAGGAGGUUCUCUCUUGAUAAAGAACCCCACUGAAGCUAGGGAGCUCAUAGAGAAGAUGGCGGCCAAUGAUAACUAUCAUCCUAGAGGUCGAAACACUGUGAAAAGGGAGGCACUAACAAGCAGGUUUGAUAAGUUCCAAGCAAGAACUUCUAACACCCCACAGGAGUUGUGUCUGUUAUGUAAUGUGCAGGGUCAUGUUGCUCCAGAUUGUCCACAGAUUUCGCAGAAUACGGAAGAGAUGUUAAUCGAGCAAGCCAAUGCUUUCUACUCCUCUAACCCAAAGAGGCCUUAUGACCCUUAUUCCAACACCUACAAUGAAGGAUGGAAACACCAUCCUAACUUCUCAUACAAAAAUUCCCAAGCACAACAAAACCCCCCACCACCACCUCCACCCAACACCUACAACCAACCACCACCUGGUUUCCAACAGAAAACACCCAAUGCCCACCAACCAAUGCAACAACAACCUCAGAAAUCAAGCCUAGAGGUGACAUUAGAGAGCUUUAUAAUCGUAACAAACAGUGCCAUCCAACAUCAAAAUAGCUCUAUCCAACAGUUGAAGGCUCAGGGUAAACUUAUGGAGAAUCAGAUAAGCCAAUUGGCCAACCAAUUUAGCCAAGCCCUAAAGACUCCAGGAACCUUCCCGGGCAAGACUGAACAAUCUCAAAAAGGCCAAAUGAAUGUCGUCACCCUGAGGAGUGGAAAGCAGUUGGAAGAUCCUCCUACCAAGGAGCCAUCAAGAGAGGUCAUUGAAGAAGUGGGUGCAAGUGAGAAGGAAGUAGAAGAUGCUAGAGUCGAGGAAGCAUGA